AUGGACGCCUACCUCAAACUCGUCCAAGAUCUCAAGCGAGACUUCGAGUUCUUCGAACUCACGAAGGUCCCUUGCGUAGAAAAUGUCUGUGCCGACGCCCUCGCUGCUCUAGGAAGCAAGCUACAUGAUCAAGUCAAGAGGACCAUCCCAAUCCAUAAAAUCGAGAAACCGAGCAUCGACACGAAGGCGGAACAGACUACGAUCGCAGCAGCGAUUAGUGAAGCGAUGGACAUCGACGAAGCAGAACCUCCUUCGCAGGAUGAUCAGCCAACAGAUUGGCACAAGGAACUCAUCGAUUACCUCGCUGAAGGUUUAUUGCCCGCCGAGAAAUGGGACGUGCGGCGACUGAAGCGACGUAGCGCACAAUACGUUGUCAUGGACGGGGAACUACACCGAUGGACCGCGUCGAAGGUGCUACUCAAAUGUAUCUCCGGCGAAGAAACGAGACUAGUCAUGGCCGAAACACAUGAAGGAGCAGCAGGCAAUCACUCGGGCGGACGAGCUCUCGCAUUAAAAAUAAAGAAUCUCAGAUUCUACUGGCCAACCCUGAACGUCGACUGCGAGACAGACGUGCGCAAGUGCGACAAAUGCCAGCGUCAUGCUUCCACCUUACACAGCCCAACGGAGUUCCUUCAUAGAGUUCCUUCAUACCCUAACUGCUCCAUACCCAUUCAUACGAUGGGGAAUGGACAUCAUCGGUCCGAUGCCGGCAUCUCGCCAAAAGAAGUUCAUCCUGGUCCUCACAGAAUUUCUUCACCAAAUGGGUUGAAGCCGAAGCCUACGCCAGCAUCACCGAUAAGGAGGUGCAAAACUUCGUCUGGAAGAACAUAA